ACGAAAAGAGCCAGUUAGCUAGAGAGAUAGACAGGUCUAGAGCGCUCCUGUAUUAUCAUCCAUCCGCCGCCGUCGACGACGAGGGCAGUGUCGACGGCGCCUACGCACGUUUUUGGCAGCGCUUCCACGUUCCUCGGCGUCAUCGCCGUCGACAUCGACGUCGUCGUCGUCGUCGUCGUCGUCGUCGUCGUCGUCGUCGUCGUCGUCGUCGUCAUCGUCGUCGCCGUCGCCACCUCCGACGAGAGCGCGUCAGUACGCGGCCCCGUGCAGUGCUGCCGUGUCGGUCGUUGGUUCGUUCGGUCGGUCGAUAGAGGCUCGCCGGCGAAGGUGCGACGCUCGUCCACUUGGAUGAGUCUUCUCCCUGUACUUUACAAUGCGGUGCGCCCGUUAUCGUCGCGCUCCUUCCUGUCCCUCCACCGUGUCGUCGUCGUUGUCGUCCUCGGGCCACCACGGUCGCGCGUCAGCCAGACUUCACUCUCAUCGCCAGGCGACACUGUGAACACUUGAGAGAGUCGCGGUAUUCGCGAGCGGUGCGUAAGACGAGCAGCGUCGUGCUCCCGUGCUCCUCCUCCUCCUCUUCGUCGUCGUCGUCGUCGUCGUCGUCGUCGUCGUCACUGCCGCCGCCGCCGCCGCCGCAGCCGUCUCCCUCUGUCUGCCUGCCUGCCUUCAUCGUCGCUGAGGCGCGAGACACACAGCCGAUCGUACACAACGAGGCACUGUCGAACGAAAGUCCGAACUGCCGUUCUCUCUCUCUCUCUCUCUCUCUCUCUCUCUCUCUCUCUCUCUCUCUCUCUCUCUCUCUCUUCGUGCGUGUCGUCGCUGGAACACGACUUCGCUGUGAGCGGAGCAUCGCGAGGAUACUCGAGCGCAGCCCGGUGUGACAUUUCGGGGGUUGCGCGGCUCCAACGGCUGGAGUCCUCGUCCUUCGACCCACGCCAGUGGCCAGUCUCGGUGACGUCUGUUUGGCCGCACGGAGGAGCAAUGAUGGACCGCGCGAGCAGCUGGCUCAACGCGCCCGACCGAGUGUUAUGAGUCAUGUUUAAUUAUUGGUCUUGACGCUUCAGCGAUUUACAGCCGCGAUAGUUCUCGUGGCAUUCGUUUCGGUCGAAGCCGGGCCGGGCCCGCCGUUCAAUCGCCGACGGAGCGAUUGGCGUCUGCGGACGGGAGAGGGAGGGAAGUGGUCUUCAUGAAGCGUUCCUGGAAAGAAACCUCAGUCGCCAGUCUCGUCGCCGAGAGACGAAAAAUAAACUGAGCCGCGACGCGAGCUCGACGGACUGCCGAGGCAGAGAGGAUAGGGUUACCGCUACGGCGACCAGGAAACCCGUUCGCGAGGCAGAAACCGAAGCAGAAGAACAACAACAACAAGCAAGAGAGGAAAAGAGAACGAGAGAGAGAGAGAGAGAGAGAGAGAGAGAGGAAACUUGCGCAAGGACGGCGAGACGAGAGUUCAUUGACACCAGCCGAAAUCGCUGGCGAGUCGUCGUGCACGAGCGAGUAACGUGACCCAACCAGGAGAGAGCCACCACGCCGGGGGUGCGCGCGGGUCGAAGGGCGCCAGCGGUGAGUCCCCGUGUAUGCGCGUAUACAUGGUGUACGUGUGUGUACGUGCACCCGGAGGGUAGCUCGUCGAGAUAGUUCCUGCCCCCUCGCCCCGUGUGUAGCCACGAUUAGGGGAGUCGAUCGGGGAACUUCGCAGCGUGCGAGCGUGCUCGUCGUCGUGGAGGUUCCCUUCUGAUGGUACAGCGAGCAGUGACUCACCGGCGACGGACGUGCGCGGACGACGGCGAUCGUCCACGACAGAAGAUCGUCGUCCACCACCGUCGCCACCGCCGUCGACGGCUCGUCGCCGCGGGCGCGCCAUCGCCACGAUGAUCGUCCCCGUGGGCCUCCUCCUCCUGCUCGUCGGUGUCCUCUGCCAGCCGGCAUACGGUCGCGCCGGUCUCGCGGCUCUCCGCGACGAGCUCGGCUCCGCGGAGCAGCUGCCGGUGGAGAAGCACGGGCCGCAGGUCGACGUCGGCGACUUCCCCAGCGACCCGCACAGCGCCUACCCCGGCAUGGGUUUCGGGCCCAUGGGACCGGUCCGCUCGGCUCUACCCAACGACGCCACCCUGCGCAGCAUGUCCUCAGCCAGCGGCGACGCCGCCGCCAUCGAUGGUGAAUCCUCCUCCUCCCCCUCCUCCUCCUCCUCCUCCUCUUCGUCCUCUGCCUCUUCGCACGACGAGAACUCGCCAAAGCCGGAGUACCACAUCAUCAGCGUCGAGUUCCCCCGCGUCGAGACGCCCUUCGUCAUCGGGAUAUGGAUCUUCUUCGCCAGCAUCGCGAAGAUCGGCUUCCACAUGACGCCGAAGCUCAACAAGAUCUUCCCGGAAUCCUGCCUGCUGAUCGUCGUCGGCGUGGUCGUCGGCGUCCUGCUGUUCCAGGCGAGCAGCGUCCACGUGUCGCCGCUCACGCCGGACACGUUCUUCCUCUACAUGCUGCCGCCCAUUAUCCUGGACGCCGGCUACUUCAUGCCCAAUCGGCUGUUCUUCGACCACCUCGGGACGAUACUCCUGUUCGCCGUCCUUGGGACUAUAUUUAAUACGAUGUCGAUAGGUGUAUCGUUGUGGCUGUUGGGACAGAGCGGCUUGUUCGACUGCGAGACGCCCCUCCUCGACAUGUUCUUAUUCUCGGCGCUGAUCAGCGCCGUCGACCCCGUCGCGGUGUUGGCUGUCUUCGAGGAGAUCCACGUGAACGAGAUACUCUACAUCGUCGUGUUCGGCGAGAGCUUGCUGAACGACGCGGUCACUGUCGUACUCUAUCACAUGUUCGAGGCGUACAGCGAGAUGGGCCCGUCCAGGAUCAUCUACACGGACGUGUUGUCAGGCCUGGCCUCGUUCUUGGUGGUGGCGAUCGGCGGCACGAUCAUAGGUAUCAUUUGGGGCUUCGCGACUGGCUUCGUCACCAGGUUCACCCAUCAGGUGCGCGUGAUCGAGCCGAUCUUCAUAUUCGUGAUGGCGUACUUGGCGUACCUCAACGCCGAGAUCUUCCACAUGUCCGGGAUAUUGGCAAUAACCUUCUGCGGCAUCACCAUGAAGAAUUACGUCGAGGCGAAUAUAUCGCACAAGUCCCACACGACCGUCAAAUACACAAUGAAGAUGCUGUCGAGCAGCUCGGAGACCAUCAUAUUCAUGUUCCUCGGCGUCGCCACGGUGAACAAUGCGCAUAACUGGAAUACGUGGUUCGUCGUCAUGACGAUAGUCUUCUGCUCCGUUUAUCGAGCCGUGGGCGUGAUAGUGCUGACUGCGCUGGCGAACCAGUUCCGAUUGCACAAGUUGGACAAGGUGGAGAAGUUCGUCAUGUCGUACGGCGGCCUACGCGGCGCCGUCGCGUUCGCUCUGGUGCUCCUCAUAGAUCCUAGACACGUGCCGUUGCAGCCGAUGUUCGUCACCACCACCAUCGCCGUCAUCUACUUCACCGUGUUCAUCCAGGGCAUCACCAUCAAACCACUCGUGAGGAUCCUCAAUGUCAAGCGGGCCGAGAAGAGGAAGCCGACGAUGAACGAGAGGAUUCACGAGAGGAUAAUGGAUCACACGAUGGCGGGUAUCGAGGACAUUUUGGGGAAGCACGGCAACUACCACGUGCGGGAUAAAUUCAAGCGAUUCGACAACAAAUUCAUCCGGCCUUAUCUCGUGAGAGAUCACUGCGGCGCCGAGCCGAAGAUCCUGGAGACCUACUCGAAACUGGCGAUGAAAGAUGCGCUGGAUUACAUUAGAAGAAACGCCUCCACCAUCGGCAAUAUCAGCGGCACCGAGAGCAUGUCGGCGAUAUUCCGCAAUUACAGCACCACGAACGGACAAUUCAACGGCAGUCCCAGCUGCAGCCAGCUCGAGACGGGAUGGAAUAUCGAUCUGCAGGAACUCGAGUAUAAUCCCUCCAAGAAAGACCUGACGGACGCGAGAAUCCACCAUCUGCUCGCCGAGGAGCUCUGUAAACCGUAUAAAAGGCACCGGCGCUUGAGCUACAGCCGACACGCGGUGAACGAUCGCGACCUCUCCACCCAGGUCAAUUACAAGAUGCACAUGAAUAUCCGGCGGAUGAUGGGCGAGCACAAGCACCGGCACAAGCGCAGCAAGAAGCUGCUCAAAGACGGCAAACCGACCCACGUUAGUUUCCCGGAGUUCCAGCAGAACGGCUCGACGAAACUGCUCAGGCAAGAUUACAUCAACGGCGUGCUCUACGAGCUAGAGAACGGGGAGACCUCGAAGCCCUCUAGCAAGGAGGACUGGGACUCGGCGAUCACCUUCACCGCGCGGACGUCCGAUUCCCCCAAUGUAAACGCGGACAAUCAACAUCCUACCACCACUACCACGUCGAUGGACACGAUUAAUUCUGACGAAGGAGACUUGAAAAUAGGACGCGACGGCGCGGAAGGCUACAGAGUCACCACCCCCACGGCCACGGAGACCAUGUUACCGUGGAAACGCGAGGACGAUUACGAGUCGGGCCACCCUAUUAAGCAGAACGAGUUUCCAGCGUGGUGCUCGAACAAGGAAUACCUCGCCUAUAGCUCGCCCUCGGCCACAUUCUUAGGUGGGAUUGAGCAGCCGAAAGUCCAAUCCGUGAUUGGCCUAUUUCGACGCGAAAGCGUGUGCACGCCCGACAGUAUCGAUUGCCAGGAGACGGUCGACGAGGCCGACGAGACGGACGAGUACACCGUGACGAAAAUGGAUUCCCCCGCGAAAACGAAGGGUCGCGCGAGGGUGCCCGCGAGGAGGGUGUCGAUGCUGGAGCUCGGCACGGCCGACCGGGUGCACUCGGAGAAGGCGGACGACGGUUCUCACUCCUUGCCAGACUGUUGGAGUGCCCAGAGAAUACGCCUUAACUCCCUCGCCUGCUCGGCCCAGAUGCCAAGCCUGUCGACCGCCCUGAUCACCUCCUCGUCGGAGUCGUCGGAGGAUGUGGACGAGGAGGAGGAGAAAGCUUGACCCUUGGGGGUCGUCGAGGAGCAGCAGCAGACGUUCACGUACACCGCGGACGUCGAGCGCCGGCGACGUCGACCGCCCUUCCGGCGGCCACCGAGACGCUCGUUGCUCAGCUCGCUCCUGCGACGCCCGAGUGCACCCGUCUGAGAGGACCUACCCUUGACAAGCCGCCUGCUGCGGCGCGGAUCGUGCGAGUCUGAGUCGACCUGAAUCGCGAAUUCGUCGACUGGAUACGCGAGACUCACGCGAGCGAAUUCUCUUGUGGAAAUUCCCGCGGACCUACGAGGAUCGCACUGAAGAAUCUCGAAGUUGCCGGGCUUCGUGCGAGUGAAGACACGUCGCGGCAAGAAGCGAACGGCGAUCGCGGAGAACGAGAGAACAACGAGAGAAAUUUUUCUUAGGGCGCGAGCUUCUCGCCAGGUGAUCGCCUACCUGAAACCGGGAGCUUUCUUCGCUUGACUUCGACGACCGCGAGGACAGCGAGGUGGCUGCGCGAAGACGUACCUUGGAAGAAUGAGACAUGAGCGAAUCGCUGGUUUAUCCGCGCCGCAAGAGCGCAUCCGCGAACACGAAGGCGCUUGUCGAGAGCAAGAGGUUAUUUCUACAUUCGUCUCUAAAGACGUCAUGGAAUCGUGGCCUUAAGGACUAUGGAAGUACUCUGACGACAACGACGACGACGUCGUCGUCGUCGUCGUAGCAGUCGUCGAUACAAAAUUCACGUGUCGGUGCUGUCGGUGAAACACAAAGUCUCGCCGAGAUAAUUGCGCGACGACGAGUACGCAAGCUUGUCGCGGCUAGUCGCAAGAUUUCUCACGAGUACCUUUUUGCGGGGGUUGAUUCGACGACCAGCUCGCAUCGCGACCGGGUCGUUCGGUCAUCGCUGCUGUGCGCUUUCGCGACUCCGAGCUAAGGUCGGGCCAUCGACUCGGCCCAGUUCGCCGUGACCAGGUUUCAGCCAGCGUGCAAGUCCAAAACUAUGAAGAGGUGUUCCUGGAACAUUGUGAAAUAUUCACACUGUAAUCUUCUGUGAGAUGAUUUCAUUAUCGACGUAUCGACUCGAUUUACCUUAAGUCCAUAUGGAAUUUUCGGUUCCGUCAUGAUAUUUUGGGGAAGGGGCUGCAAAAGUUUGGCGGAUCGUCGGUGAUUUCAUCGAAAGAUGAGUCCUUUCACAGACGAAUUCCUGAAAGGUUGCAAUAGCCAAGAUAAGUAAAACGGGAGUCAAUCUAAGCCGCAGGAGUUAUGAAUAAAUAAGUCAAAUAAUCAAAUAAUAAUACCUGAAAGGACCAGGAAACUGGAUGACAGAUUCUUGAAGUGACUAAGAAUCCGAUCAACUUUUGCAGGCUCCUAGCAUUUUCCCCGAGUCUUCUUUCUCGACGAAGUGCUUGCGCCUCUCGUCUGGAUACAUGACGUUUCUGUCCUUCUCAGUGACACCUGUAGAAAGGAAAAGAGAUUUCUGUAUUCAUCGAGUCGUUAAUUAUCGGUCUCGCGGCUUGAUCGCGCAGAAUCUGACCGCGCAAUCUGAGAAAAAUAAUUGAAACGGCCGUGAAACGACGAUGAAAAUCCACGCGAUUAAGGAGAAAUCGCACGUUUCCGCGACCACUUUGUUCGACGACGACGGAACGAGUCGUUAGCCUGGCCACAGCUUCUCGCAGACGAGAGUCUAGUAUUAGGUGCGUUCUAUCGUUAGCGGUUCUAACGCAUGUACGUACGUAUAAACAAACGCACGCACGCACGCACGCACGCACGCACGCACGCACGCACGCAUGCACGCAUGCACGCGUGCAUGCAAGCAUGCGACGCAGCACGUCGCGGUGCGCGUAGACGACCCGUAGCGACGCAUCCCCAGCCGAAUUUAGGAGAUUCCCUUCUGGAGUCGACGCGAGAACGGUCGCGCGCCCUUCCGCUCGGCGAUUUCGUCGCGACGAGCUCUCUCAAUUUUCUCCGCGCGGAAUUUCACUCGAAGAGCCGAACGAGCCACUCAAAGUCGAGUGCAUCCUCUCUCGCUCGUGCAUGCACAGCGGAACUCUUCCACUAUUCAGCAUCGCACCGACGGAAUAUUUUCGCUCGCGAUCCAAGGGCGAAUUUGACGGACGAAUACGUUGGGUGUCUCGCCGCCGCAGGAACAAAUUCGCCCUAUAAUCGAUCGAAAGUCUCGCUCGUGCAACAAUUGGAGAGUCCACUCCAGGCUUGAGUGAAACGCUCGCUCUCGCGAUUUUUCGCGAUCGGCGGUAAUCCCGCUGUCGCUUCUCGAGUGAAUUUCCACUGGUUUUACUCCGCAGGGUCUACCCGAAAAAAAUUCAGAGAGAGAGAGAGAGAGAGAGAACGCGCGCGCGCGACCCGUAACGCCGUGCAAGGACGAAACAGAAGAAUACAGGGAGAGAUGCGCGCUGCACCACGAGGCGCGCUCUUCUCCCUUCGAGUAUGGCCUUAACAUUUUCACGUGCGAGCGGAUUUUACUCGCGAGAGUGAAUCUCAUCUGCAACGCACGGCGCGUAUCCGCGCAUUACAUUGUUGAUAAGCGGCCACGGCACGCGCUUCGACCCGAGUACUUAAAAGCGAGUGCCGCAGGAGCAUGUACAUACAUACAGGUUUUUUCUUAGAGAAAAUUAACGCUAGAGGAGCCUCUCGAGAGCGUCAUCCUCAUCGUCGUCAUCCUCAGCAGCAUUCUCAUCCGCGUUAUUUUCGCGUCAUCGUUUAGUAUUAUUUCGUCGAGACGAGCAGAGAAGGACAGGCAGACAGAGAGAGAGAGAGAGAGAGAGAGAGAGAGAGAGAGAGAGAGAGAGAGGGAGCAGACGGGAAGAGGAAAAGGAGACGAAGAGCACGAGUCGGGCGGCGGAAUGCGACCACAUUAGAGAGCAUUCUUUAUUCUAGUUACUAUUGUUACUCUUGUUAUCGUACGCUAGUAUAUGACUAUACUAGUUCUCUGCUGCGCUAAUAAUUAAUAAUACGCGAUCGUAGCGGCAGCUCGACGUGUGCACGCGAGAGGCAGCGGCGAGCGUCGAGCAAGAGCUAGUUUCCGAGGGGAACGUCGUCGGGAAUUCUUCGAUGUAAUCGACGAUUCGUGCGGGUGACGCGUGUCACGCAUUUGACGAUACACACCAAUUAUCAAAACCGAGACACCACAGACUGACGGUUGACGGUUGAUUCCACGCUCUCGCGACGACGAAAGGGUGGGAGGGAGGGAGGAGGAGAGAGAGAGAGAGAGAGAAAGAGAGAAAAGCAGAAGCGAGCGAGAGAGAGAGAGAGAGAGAGAGAGAGAACACUGCGAUCUCUUCCUUUGUACAACUCUUCUCACACACGCCAGACACACCUUCUACACACCUGCAGCGCGAGGGUUCAGAGUCAAUUUUAUUGACGCCAUAAUUAGCUUAGAGUUUAAACGGAUCAAAUGAACAAGUGAGAAAACCGGGCCCGUUUUGCCCCGUGUCCGUUGGGGAGCCUGCGACGUUUUGAUACGCUUAUACUCUUUCUUCCGGAUCGCAUCGUGUCCGUGGAGCAAUCUUGAUUUGUAAACGUACGCGUGACCUCCGGAGUCGUACACCGGGUCGCGCUGCACAAGGAUGAGACAGGGUACAAGUUCACAUUGUUAAAGAAGGACGAGAGAGGGAGAGAGAGAGAGAGAGAGAGAGAGAGAGAGAGAGAGAGAGAGAGCGACCAACAGCGAAAAAGGAACAAAAGAGAAAGAUAUAGAGAAAAAGCGGAAAGCUUCUCCGCGACGACAAACGUGAUUCUCGUGAGAAUAAUUUUUGCACGGAUUUGGGACUUCCCCUCGCAUGGAAAUAUUCCUCGCGGCCUUUAGUUACUUAGACCGGAAUAAAACGUCGGACUAGUCUCUAGGCGCUAGUCUCUACGCUGUUGAUUUGUUAAAAUGAAAAUAAAUGUUUAUUUCUUAAAAGACCGU